UUUUUUUUUUGAGUUCGAUACAAAGUUAGGAUGCCGAAGAAGAAAACCGGCCAGCGAAAAAAAGCUGAAAAGCAAAAGUUACGUUUAAAAGAGAUUAGGGGACGAGAGAUUCCUCUCGCCGAUCUACCGUGCAAUGCGCCAAUGGACUGCGAUAAGUGUGAGAAAAAGCAGAAGUCUCGUGCUUUUUGCUACUUCUGCCAGAGCGUGCAACGAUUGCCCAUUUGUGCACAAUGUGGCAAAAUAAAGUGCAUGUUAAAAACUGGAGACUGUGUGGUCAAGCAUCCUGGUGUUUAUACGACUGGAUUCCCUGGCAUGGUUGGUGCAAUUUGCGACUUCUGUGAGGCCUGGGUGUGUCACGGACGCAAAUGCUUAACCACGCACGCAUGCACCUGUCCACUGCAGAACGCUGUGUGCUUAGAAUGUGAGCGUGGCGUCUGGGAACAUGGUGGACGUAUCUUCAAGUGCUCGUUCUGCAAUGGCUUUCUUUGCGAAGAUGACCAGUUCGAGCACCAGGCCUCAUGUCAGGUGCUGGAGUCAGAGAACUACAAGUGUCAAUCAUGCAAUCGUCUCGGUCAAUAUUCGUGUUUGCGCUGCAAGACUUGCUACUGCGAGGAUCAUGUACGUCGCAAGGGCUUCAAGUAUGAAAAGAACAAGGCUAUCCCUUGUCCCAAGUGCAACUACGAAACGUCCGUUACAAAGGAUUUGAGCAUGUCUACGCGCUCCCACAAGUUUGGCCGUCAACAGCAGGGCAUGGGCAGCGAUGACGAGGAGGGUUAUGGUGGCUACUAUGGGGGCUAUGGUGCCAGUAGCAGCGCUGGCUAUUCAUAUGGAGAUGAUGAAGAUGACGAGGAUGGCGAGGACGAUGAAAGCGAAAGCGAAGAUGAUGAUGAGGAGACAAGUGGCAGUGAAGCCGACGAGACUGCAGAAGUUGAUAAAAAAGCGGAAAAAUAAUUCAAAUUGUAUAAAU